CACUUCGCCAGGACAGCAUGGAUAUAAGGGGUGUUCACACAUGUUGGAUAAUACUGGUUCUAGUUGGCAAAUCUGGUUGGUGUAACAUCGCAGUGAACAAGCCAACUUACAGCAGCACCGACUAUGACGGAAAAUCAUCUUCCUCCCACGCCGUAGACGGUAACCUCGACGCUGUGCGCAGUCACAGCAGCUGCUUCACAAGCUCUGUGGCAUCGCCAUGGUGGAUGGUAGACCUCCAGGGGAACUACAGAAUAACAAGCGUCACCAUACAGGGACGAAGCGAUGGGUUUCAAUAUCGUCUCAGAGACCUUGCUAUCGUGGCGUUCUAGAGAAGACCCCAACAGAAUCCUUCAGCGGACAUCAUACCCUGCACGGAGA